AUGGAACCACAAAAAAAGAAGCAACAUCCUUCAACAUUAAUUAGUUUUCCUCAUCUUAAUCUUCUUAAUCUUAUUGACGCACAUGAUGAUUAUGCUGAACAAUUUCUCGUCGAUGCAAAUACUCAUUUACCUUGUUUAUUGGAUCUCUGCAUUGAAUGUGAAUCACUCGAAACUGUAACAAAUAACUACACAAAUGAUGCAACACGGCCUUAUUGUUCUAAGUUAAAAGGACUUCAUAUGGAUGAGCCAUAUGUUCGACGAAAACAUUUUGAUGAAUAUUUUCCUUUAUUGUUUAUAUCAGCAACAAGUUAUCCUAAUUUAUCGGUUAUCGUGCGUGACGAGCAUACACAUUUACCAGAUGAUACUACUAAAAUUGUAUUAGAAAUACGAAAAAAUUUAAAACGUAAAGUUCUUGAAGAAUCGAGUUCAAUAGAUCGUAUUGUAGAAGAAGCUUAUCACGGGAUUAAUAUGAAGUCCAAUGAUUUAAUUGUUAAUUUACCAUCUAUUCUUACAUUAAAAAAUACUUUUAAAAACAGCAUAUAA